AUGGGUGUCGAACUCAAAGGAAAUGGCCCGGGGGAGCCGCCUAUGAACCCCACGAUUGCCGUCCCUCUGUUCGUUGUCGGUGGACUGAUAGCAAUUUUAUUUGCCUGGAAAACCGUCAUUCGCAUUCGACAUCGCCGACGAUCAAAGGCGGCACAGGAAGGAACUGACCAGACGCAGCUAUGCCGGACAAAUCGCUUCAAUGCCGCCCUCAAAAAGAAUUUACUAUAUGCUCCGAUAUGGGGCAAUCGCCAUAGCCGCGAAUUCCGCAUCUUACGGAUGCAUAUGGGGUCUCUACCGCUACGACUGGAAGUGAUUUGCCUGUUGAUUUACCUCAGCUUGAACAUAAUUUUCAUUGUCGUGACCGUCGAUUGGUGGAUCAGCGAUUACUCGGAGAAGAUGUUCCAGCUCAAAUACUCCGCGGGCCAUCUGGCAGUCAUGAAUACGCCAGGCUUGGUCAUUGGCGCAGGACGGAACAAUCCGUUGGUCCAGCUGCUGGGUAUCUCGUUCGAUGCGUUCAACUUUAUGCAUCGUUGGGUGGGACGUGUGAUCACAGCUAACGCGAUCAUUCACAUGAGCGCCGUGCUGGCCGACCAGGUUUAUCUGCAUGGCACAGACUAUGUUCUAUAUAUCAUGUGGCAACAGAGGCUCUUUCUAUGCGGCCUUAUGGCCAUCCUUGGAUUUAUUUUCAUUUUUAUUCAAUCUCUGUCGCCGGCCCGACAUGCAUUUUACGAAUUAUUCCUUCACCUGCAUAUAGCCCUGGCCGUAUUUGCCUUCGUGGCACUUUGGUAUCACCUGAAAAACCUGUUGCAACAGCGUGUGCUUCUUGGCACCUUGAUCCUGUGGGGUCUUGAUCGUGCAGGUCGACUUGCAAUACUACUUUGGAGAAAUCUUAGCUCAAGACCCACAACUGCCACAGUCGAGGCUCUGUCUGGGUCUGUUGCUCGCGUUGAUGUUGCCGUGGCUCGGGCAUGGCGCUUCCGUCCUGGUCAGUAUAUGUACCUCUAUAUGCCGUGUCUGGGCUUGUGGACAUCACAUCCGUUCACGGUUGCGUGGUCGUCGACAUCGGAUUCGUUGAAUAUGAACGAAAAACGCGCCUCGGGUGACUCUUUGGACGCUCUCACCGGAGGCUCGCCAACUACAACCAUGUCCGUCCUGAUCAAGGGCCAAGACGGAUUCACAAAAAAGUUGCUCCAGAAGGUGGAAGACUCCCCCGAGGGACGCAUUCAGGCUAUGGCAUUGGCAGAGGGGCCAUUUGGCGGUAUCCAUUCUCUCGCCUCAUAUGGUACUCUACUGUUGAUAGCCGGGGGGGAUCGGCAUUACCCACCCAAUGUCAUAUUUGAACGAGGUUAUCACCACGUUCACCGAACAAAAGACAGCUACUCGCAAGGUGCAUUUGGUCUGGAUCGUCCGCAGUCUAGUUGGAUUCAAAGUUUCAUGGCCGAGAUACUAGGCCACGAAUCCCUAACCAGCCCAACAAACCCGAACGGCCACUCAUACUUCCAAUUUCCACGGCUUCUCCUCUCCAUCAGCCUGCAUAUCACAUCGCAUAAGGACACGGUCGAGGAAUACAUCCCACAGCCAGAUUCGCUGUGGAUGCAAUGCGCUCCGCCCAACGUACCGGUCAGCAUCAACCACGGCAAGCCGUGUAUGCAGUCCGUGCUAGAAAAAGAAAAAGAAGAUCAGAUCGGUGCGAUGGCGGUUAGUGUCUGCGGUCCUGGUGGCCUGGGCGAUAGUGUGCGGGAGGCUGUUAGAAAUGUGCAAGGGGAGAAGACGGUUGAUCUCUUCGAAGAGACAUUCUCAUGGUAG